UCAAAAGACACAUUAACUUGGAAAUAUCAGCUUUUAGUCGUUUCAACUCCUCAUCAAACAUUUAUAUUCUCUCUCAGUUCGCUUCUCAUAUAUGGCGUCUCCAUCUUGCUUCACGUCUCGCAACUACAAAUUCAAAGUCUUCUCGAGCUUCCACGGGCCUGAUGUCCGUAAAACAUUUCUCAGUCACCUGCGUGAACAGUUUAAACGCAAAGGGAUCACUAUGUUCAACGAUGAAGAUAUUAAGAGAAGCGCAAUGAUCUCCCCUGCACUCAAAAAAGCUAUAAAAGAAUCGAGGAUCUCGAUUGUGAUUCUCUCCAAGAAAUAUGCUUCGUCAAGAUGGUGUUUGGAUGAGUUGGUGGAGAUACUAGAAUGCCAAAAAGCUGGGGGACAGAUGGUGAUGACCAUCUUCUACCAAGUUGAGCCGUCUGAUGUACGUAAUCAAAAAGGCGAUUUUGGGAAUGCUUUCAAUAAAACUUGUGCACUUAAGAUGAAUUGCAAGGAAAAGAAAAAAUGGAGCGAAGCUUUGAAUUAUGUGGGAAACAUUGCUGGAGAAAACUUCAAAAAUUGGAAUAAUGAAUCAAAAAUGAUCGAGAAGAUUGUCAAAGAUGUUUUAGAUAAAGUAAAUGCUACACCAUCUAAAGAUCUUGAUGGCAUGGUGGGACUUGAAACUCACUUGAGAGAAAUAGAGUAUUUGCUAGAUUUAGAUAGUGAUAGAGUUAAAAUAGUUGGAAUCUUUGGUCCUGCGGGCAUUGGUAAGAGUACCAUUGCAAGAGUUUUACAUAGUCGACUCUCUAAUAGGUUUCAGCUUACUUGUUUUGUGGACAACCUUAGGGAAAGCUACCCCAUUGGUCUUGAUGAGUACGGUUUAAAGUUACGUUUACAAAAACAAUUUCUUUCAAAUAUUUUGAACCUAGAUGAUAUACAAGUUUCUAAUUUAUGUUCGAUUAAGAAUAUGUUAAGUGAUCAGAGAGUGCUUAUCAUUCUAGAUGAUGUGAACAAUUUAAAGCAAUUAGAGGCUUUGGCUGGAAAUAUUGAUUGGUUUGGUCCUAGGAGUAGGAUUUUAGUGACCACAGAAAAUCGAGAGCUUUUACAACAACAUGGUAUCCAUGAACCAUACCUUGUAGUUUUUCCAUCUGAUGAAGAUGCUGUUGAAAUCUUAUAUAGAUAUGCUUUUAGACAAAGCUAUCCACGUGAUGGUGUUAAAGUGUUUGCUAAAAAGAUAACAAAGUUGUGUGGCAAUCUUCCGUUGGCUCUACGUGUGGUGGGUUCAUCUUUAUGUAGGAAGGAGGACGACGAAUGGAAAGAUGUAAUGUGCAGGCUAGAAACUAUUCUUGAUCGAGAUAUUGAAGAAGUGCUAAGAGUCAGUUAUAAAUGAGAGAGCUUUCAAAAUAAUGUCACAACUUCGUUUCCUCCGAGUUUACCAAAGUAGAUAUAAUGAGAAGAAGAUAAUCUUUAUACCAGAUAAGAUGGAGUUUUCGCGUUGUUUAAGGUUAUUACAUUGGGAGGAAUAUCCAAGCAAGAGUCUUCCUCAUGAAUUUCAUCCUAAAUAUCUUGUCAAAAUUGAUAUGAAGGACAGUAAGCUCGAGAAGCUAUGAGAAGAGAUCCAGCCACUCCCAAACCUCAAGAGGGUUGAUUUGAGAGGUUCUUAUUAUUUGAAGGAACUCCCGGAUCUUUCAAAGGCUACAAACCUCGAGACUUUGGAACUGGAUUAUUGUGAGGAUUUGGUAGAGCUUCCAUCCUCAGUUUCAAAUCUUCAUAAACUAACGAAAUUAGGGAUGAAGUCCUGCACAAAGCUUGAGCUCAUUUCAACUAACUGGAACUUAGCAUCUCUUCCACGUUUGAGCAUAUCAGAUACAAAUAUCACAACAUUCGGUAUAUCAGUUACAAAUGUGGCAUCAUCAA